AUGGCGACUCUCGCCCUCUCCGCUCCAGACAUUUGCUGUUCCUGGCUCUCUGUUUGCCUGAUGAAACGAGAUGAUGGUAGCCCAGUGGGAGGGGUUGGGAGGGUUUCUGGGACCAGGAGCUGCCGGUCAGCCCGAGGCCGAGGAGGUUCUGGUUUAGGCCUGGACUGGGGCAGUGACCCCCUUCAUGGCUCUCAGGGAGCCGGCAGGAGUCGAGUCAUUGGUCCUUUGGUCUGGGCAGAUGUCCCCCCCACCCGCAGCAAAGCUCAGGAGAUGGAUGUGUACACCCAGAAAAUCUGGGAAAGUCACCUCAGGACAGAGCAAGGAGAUAGCAGGGUGUCACUGGGACUCUACUGUGGUAGCCUUCGUGCUCAGGCCCAGAACCCAGGGCACCCAGGGCCCUCUACUCCUCUCUGCUUCAAUUGCUCUGUCCUCCUUGGAGACCUAUCCCCAGGGGGUACAAAGAGCCCCGUGUCCUGCAAUGACGGUGCAAUCAGGGGGCACUUUGACCUGGAAGACUUGAACCUGACUCACGAGGCUCUGAGACUCAAGUACCGGGGGCCCCAGCAGACAGAGCUGUUCAUGCCCAUCUGUGCCACAUACCUGCUGAUCUUUGUGGUGGGUGCUGUGGGCAACGGGCUGACCUGCCUGGUUAUCCUGCGCCACAAGGCCAUGCGCACACCCACAAACUACUUCCUCUUCAGCCUGGCGGUGUCAGACCUGCUGGUGCUGCUGGUGGGCCUGCCCCUGGAGCUCUACGAGAUGUGGCACAACUACCCCUUCCUGCUGGGCGCCAGUGGCUGCUACUUCCGCACGUUGCUCUUCGAGACAGUCUGCCUGGCCUCAGUGCUCAACGUCACCGCCCUGAGCAUGGAGCGCUAUGUGGCGGUGGUGCAUCCGCUCCACGCCAGGUCCAUGGUGACACGGGCCCACGUGCGCCGCGUGCUUGGGGCUGUCUGGGGCCUCGCCGUGCUCUGCUCUCUGCCCAACACCAGCCUGCAUGGCAUCCAACAGCUGCAUGUGCCCUGUCGGGGCACAGUGCCCAAUUCCGCGGUGUGCACUUUGGUCCGUCCACUGGCCCUCUACAAGCUGGUGGUGCAGAUCACAGCGCUGCUUUUCUUCUGCCUGCCCAUGGCCACCAUCAGCGUGCUCUACCUGCUCAUCGCGCUGCGGCUGCGACAGGAGGGGCUGCUGCUCAGCCAGGAGGCCAAGGGUAGGGGCUCUGUGGCUGCCAGGUCCAGCAACCCCUGUAGGCACCAGCUGCGGGACAGGGGCCGGAGACAAGUGACCAAGAUGCUGUUUGUGCUGGUCGUGGUGUUUGGCAUCUGCUGGGCCCCAUUCCAUGCUGACCGCGUCAUGUGGAGCUUCAUGACCGACUCCAACUGGACAGAGGGCCUGCAGCUGACCUUCCAGUUCGUGCAUGUUAUUUCCGGCGUCUUCUUCUACCUCAGUUCGGCCGCCAACCCUGUGCUGUACAGCCUCAUGUCCAGUCGCUUCCGAGAGACCUUCCGGGAAGCCCUGUGCCUCGGGACCCAGUGCCACCGCCUCAGACCCCACUACAGCUUCAACAGCCUCAGCAGUAGGGUGACCAUGGGCAGCACCCUGUAUGACUUGGGCUCCCUGGGCAGUAGGGCCCAUCCCCUGCCUGAGAACAAUGGCCUAGAGGGGCAGCAAGAGACUGGCCCCUCCUGA